UAUUAGUGUUCUCAGUAUUUGUGUUCUCAGUAUUUGUGGUCUCAGUAUUUGUGUUCUCAGUAUUUGUGUUUUCAGUAUUAGUGUUCUCAGUAUUUGUGUUCUCGGUAUUUGUGUUCUCAGUAUUAGUGUUCUCAGUAUUAGUGUUCUCAGUAUUUGUGUUCUCAGUAUUUGUGUUCUCAGUAUUUGUGUUCUCAGUAAUAGUGUUCUCAGUAUUUGUGUUCUCAAUAUCUGUGUUCUCAGUAAUAGUGUUCUCA